AUGGAGGGAGGGACUGAUGCUGUGCUAGCUGCUGCUUUCCCCAGUCUCCACGCAGCACCUUCAUCUGCAGCCAGAAUGGCAUCAGGGAGUAAUCUGGACGAUCUGGACAGAAUAAUGAAGUCCUCGCUGCAUCUGGAAGAAGAUGACUUUGUACCAGAGCUGCCACGUAGUAUCCACCCCCAGAGAGAGACCGGAUUGGGAGGAAACAAUCAGCGCCAUGGCCCGGGGAGCAGAUAUACCAGUUCCCGGAGAACUUCCCAUCGCAGUGGAACUUCCGAUGCGCUCCUGUAGCAACACCGCCAGCAUGAAAGUCAAAAAUGUCAAAAAGUUAUCAUUCACAAAGGGUCACUUCCCAAAGCUGGCCGAGUGCGCUCACUUCCACUAUGAGAAUGUCGAUUUUGGCUGCAUCCAGGUGA